CAGCUGCGGGAGCCAGCGUUACCCCGUCGCGGGGCAGGGGACGGAGGGGACACCCCCAGCCCAGACGGACCCGGUGAGUGCCUUUGCUUUUCUCCGUGCGGUGUUUGUGCAGCAAAAGCUCCUAAUUAAAACGGGAGAAAGUCGCCACCGGCUGCUCCGGCUGCGCCCGGGCGUGGGACGCCCACCUCCUGCGGCGAGGACCCGGGACGUGUAGGAGCUGUAAGGGGGACAGCUGCCCGCGGCGGCACUGCUGCUGCCACCGGGGCACGGCACCAGGGGCUGCUCGCGCCCUGCACCGCGGGGGCAGCCCCAGGACCCUGCGCUGUGCACCCCAGGUUCCCCUGCAGGGGAGGGGGCUCAGGAGCGGCAGGGGCCGCCGCACUCGAGGCAGCAGAAGCGGGGGGCGAAAUGUCCCCCGAACGCCCGCGAGGAGCCAGGCUGGCCCCGGGGUCCUGGCUGUGCGGAGAUGGGCUCUGCCCCCCCAACCCCCACUUGACAAUGGGAGCAGGGAACCCCAGAUCCCACCCUGCCCUUUGCUGACUGGCCUCGGUUUACCAGAAACCCCUUUUGAAGAGCAUCUUGAAGAUGAAUUUAAUUUUAUGUUGAGGUAGCCCAGGUCACCCUCUUUGGUGGUACCCAAAACCCUGUCCCACCUUGGAGCGGCGGUGACGUGCCACUGCAGCAGCCCACAUUCAGCCCCUCUGAACCCCGACCCUGCCUGUAGCAACCUGCCCUCCAGCCUGUGCUCCCAGGGGAGGGUUCCCCACCCCAAGCCCACCAAGUUAAACCCCAAACCCCUCCAAGGACAACACAGCUCCCAGCCAGCACCCCCAGCCAUGCCCAGCAGCUGCCCCUCCUGCCCCUUCAUCAGCCCGCCGGGGUGGGGGCUGUAUCUUUCUGCCGCAGACACCAUGGGCUCCCGGCACUUCCCUGCCCGCACCGUGCUCUUCGAGAAGGAGCCCAACGGCGUCACGUACCGUGUGCCCGCCCUGCUCUACCUGCCCUGCGUGGCCAAGCUGCUGGCAUUUGCGGAGGAGCGGCUGAGCGUCGACGAUGCCCACGCCAACCUGCUGGUGCUGCGCCGCGGCACCAUUUAUGGGAGCUACGUGGAGUGGGAAGACAUGCGCGUGCUGGAGACAGCGACACUGCAGCACCACCGGUCGAUGAACCCCUGCCCGCUCUAUGAUGAGUUCACCGGCACCCUCUUCCUUUUCUUCAUCACGGUGCUGGGCAGGACGCCCGAAGCCUACCAGAUCAUCACCGGCCAAAAUGUCACCCGCCUCUGCUGCGUCACCAGUGCUGAUCAGGGCCUGAGCUGGAGCACGGCCACAGACCUGACGCAGCAGGUCAUUGGUGGGGCCAUCAAAGACUGGGCGACGUUCGCGCUGGGUCCCGGGCACGGGAUCCAGCUGCGGUCUGGCCGGCUGCUGGUGCCCGCCUACAGCUACCACAUUGACUGCAAGGAGUGCUUCGGCCAGCUCUGCAAGACCACCCCUCACUCCUUCACCUUCUACAGCGACGACCACGGCCAGGGCUGGCGCUUUGGGGAGUUCAUCCCCAACCUGCAGACAGGCGAGUGCCAGCUGGUCUCGGUGGAUGAGGAGGAUGGCUCCAACGUCCUCUACUGCAAUGCCCGCAGCCCCUUGGGCUUCAGGGUCCAGGCGCUCAGCACAGACGAUGGGGCCGUCUUCCAUGGGGGGCAGCUGGUCCAGCGGCUGGUUGAGCCCCCCCAUGGCUGUCACGGCAGCGUCAUUGGCUUCCCUGCACCUUUUGUGUACGUCCCCGCUGCCCCCCAGGACCCCAUGAUGCCCUUCUUGGGCUCAGUGCACCGGCUGCUCCCUGGGAUGCUCUCGGAGCUUCGGCACCUGCCCGCCCAGCGGGCAGCGGGUGAGGAGCUGCCUGCUGCAGCCACCGGCAGCCACCGUGAGCCAGCUGAGCCCAAGGAGGGCUGUUCUACCCCAGGGCAUCGUGGCCAUGCCCCUGCCAUCACCUCGGUCCAAGGGCAGCCGGCAGCAACCCCCCACCCUGCUGCCUUCUUCCAAGCACCAACAUGGGUCCUCUACUCCCACCCCACCAGCUCCAUAUCGCGGGUCAACAUGGGAGUCCACCUGAGCACCUUCCCCAGGGACGUGGAGAGCUGGACUGAGCCGUGGGUCAUCUACGAGGGCCCAAGCGCUUACUCGGACCUGGCUUACAUGGAGCUGCCCUACAAUGAGGCCUCCAUCUCUGGUGGCCCAGCCAUUGCUUUCGCCUGCCUUUAUGAGAACGGGACACGUUCGCCGUACGAGCAGAUCUCCUUCAGCAUGUUCACCCUGCACGAUGUGCUCCAGAACAUCCCCGUGACAGCCACUGUCCCCCAGCGGGACCGCAGCCCCCUGCGCCGCAGGAAGCGGGGGCGAAGGAGCUGCCUCGUCUCCUAGUGACCCUCAGGAUGGGUCUCCCCACUCUCCCAGCGCCAGACCCCAGGGCACCAGCCCAGUGCCCAGCCACUGGGGUGCCCACAGCCUGGGGUCCUGCCGCUGGCCAGCCAGGCCACAUCACACAGAAGCCAUGUGCUACCUGCCGUCCCCAAGCUGGGUUUUAUCUCAUUUUUAUGGCUAUUUUAAAAUUAUAUAGUAGGUUGGGCACAGAGGCUUGUGCCACCAGCCCAGCCCCAGGUUCCUUUCAGAGCACGUGAGCCACCCCAUGAAACGCGUAACGGGGGGCAACAGCAGCAGUGCAGGGAGAAGGCAGCCAUGGGCACCCCGUGCCACACACGUGUGCCAGGUGCCAGAUAGCGGGGCAUGAUGCUCCAGCUGCACCACACCUGGUGCUACCACCCUGCUCCGAGGGGUUUCUUCCCAUGGUCAUAAAUAUUUAUGUUCCUUUUUUAAUUACUCCUUUUUAAUGAUCCUGUUCAAGCCAGUUCCUCUUUUCCUCAGUGAUGUCUGUGCUGGUUUUGACUGGGAUGGAGUUAUACGUGUUCAUAGCAGCUGGGAUGGGGCUGUGCUUUGGGUUUGUGCUGAGGACACUGCUGGUCACACAGGGACGUUGGUUACUGCUGAGUGUCGCCUACACAGAGCCAAGGUCUCUUCUGCCCCUCACCCCACAGCGAGCAGGCUGGGGGGCACAGGGAGUUGGGGAGGGGACACAGCCGGGACAGCUGACCCCAGGCAUAUCCCAUACCCUAUGGCAUCGUGCUCAGCAAUAAAGCUGGUGGGGAGGCUGGUGGGGGUGCUGCUGCUCAGGGAGAGGCUGGGCAUCAGUUGGGUGCUGGUAAGAAAGUGUUUUCAGUUGCAUCACUUCUCUUGGUUUUUAUUUCUCUCUGUUAUUUUCCUGUUCAUUACGAGUUAUUAUUAUUUUAUUUCAAUUAUUAAACUGUCUUUAUCUCUACCCAUGAGUUUUCUCACUCUUACCCUUCCGAUUCUCUUCCCCAUCACGCCGGGGGGGAGCAGGCGAGCGGCUGCGUGGGGCUCAGUUGCCAGCUGGAGUGAAACCGCAACAAUCGCCCAGUGACUGCUGAAUCUGGCGGGUUGCUUAGUUUUGUAAGCUGCCGCAGGCAUUGCUGCUUUCGUCUGAACCUUACCAGUCUGGGGGGCAAACAUCCUCCCAGCACAGGCAGGUUUGGGGCCGUACUGACGCUCGCUCAGUCCCUGUAAAGGUUUGGGGGACACGGGGGGUGCUGACACUGGUGACAGCCCCUGUGGGCGCAGCGAUGGGUUCCAGAGCCAGUGGGGAUGAGUGGCUGCUCCUGACAUCUGCUGCA